AUGUUGUCGAUUAUUGUGAGUAUUCUCUGCGUGGCAGUUAUCUUCUUCUUUCGCCGUCGUGAGCGCCUCCCGCGCGAGAUCCCCCUCUGCCCGCCUUCACACCUUGGGCGGGACGUCAGACUGCGACACUGGAACGAAACAGUGCCCAACGAUGGUCUACUGCGUUUUCGAGACACCGGCGUGGAGCUGCUCCUCGUCACGAAGCCGAGCAUCCUGCAUGAGAUCCUGGUCGGCCGGGCGGUGGAAUUCGUCAAGCCGCAGGUGGUUCGGGAUCGACUGUAUCCCACCACGGGCAACGGUCUUUUAUUCGCAGAGGGAGAUGAGCAUAAAAUGCAACGGAAAGCGUUGAACCCGGCGUUCUCCUACCGACACGUCAAAGACCUGUACCCCAUCUUCUGGCGCAAAGCGUUCCAACUGGUGAAAUGUUUGGAAAAGGAGUCCGAGACAGGAGAGAUAGUGACGAUUCGGCCCUGGGCACGGAGGACAACGCUGGAUAUCAUCGGCGUGGCGGGGAUGGACCAUGAUUUCGGCGCCCUGCACGAACCAGACAAUUACCUCGUGAAGCAGUAUGAGACCAUGCAUGUCGAUCCGUCCCGUGGGGAGGCCAUCUUCGGAUACCUUCUAUCCUUCAUCUCUAGUCCGCUCGCCCGCUUCGUAAUGCAGAACAUCCCCACGAAGCGAGGCAAGGCGUUACGGGCGGGCUCGAAAGCGAUCCGGGAGGUGUGUGCGCGCCUGAUCCAGGAGAAGAGAGAACAGACAGCCCGAGAAGCGAGCAAGGACGCAACGGCCACUCCUACCACUUCCAGCAAGGAUCUCCUCUCCGUGGCGGUGAAUAGUGCUUCGUUGCCCCCCGCCACACUGGUCGACCAGAUGAUGACUUUCCUCACGGCAGGACAUGGGACAACCUCCCACGCUCUGCAGUGGUCGGUGUAUUCGCUUUGCAAACAUCUAGAUAUCCAAUCCCGGCUACGAGAAGAGGUGGCAUAUCUUGUCGAACGGGAGAUGGAAGGAGAAGAAGAAGAAGAAGAAGAAGAAGAAGGACCCACAGUGACAGCCGCAGAGAUCGACUCCUUGCCGUACCUGAACGCAUUCGUGAAUGAAGUUCUACGCUUCUACCCGCCUAUCCCAUCUACAGUGCGCGAACCGCUCCAAACCACAACUUUAGAGGGGUACAAGAUCCCGCGGGGAACAAAACUCGUGAUCCCCAUCUCGAUUGCAAACAAGGAUACCUCGCAGUGGGGGGAAGAUGCGGGCGUCUUCAACCCCGACCGCUGGUUGAAGCCCGGGUGUGCGCAUACGGGCGGCGCGCUCAGCUCGUCUUCCUCGUUGACCUUUCUCACGGGGCCGAGGAGUUGUAUCGGGGCGGGGUUUGCCAGGGCGGAACUCGCUUGUUUGGUUGCCUGCUUGGUCGGCAGGUUUCAGAUGCAGCUCGAGGAUCCAAAUAAGGAGUUGACGCUCAAUCUGAAGGGGGUGGGUGUUGCUCCGGAGGAUGGCGUUAGAGUCAGAUUAACGAUGGUAUAG